GACAACCUUAACCUGAGCAUUCAUCCAUCUCUGUCGCUGUCUUUGCGUUCAAUACCAUAGCCGUUUCUCAACACCGACGCUGCUUGACCGCCGGUAUCGUUUCAUCCCACACCAGGCCCGCUUACCUCACUUUCACUAGUGUUGUCUCUUCUUUUUCAUUCCCGACCUUCUUAUUGCUCCCACUCACUCUCUACUUUCUCCUUUCACCAUCCCAACUCCUGACUAUCAACCGCUCCCACCUCGCACCUCGCAACCUCCCUUCGAUACAACAGCUUCUCACGAGAACAAUUGUCGUAACACCCCCGAAUCUUCUCGAUUACCCACAUCAUCAGCUACAAUGGCCACCAAGGAGUUCACCUAUUCCGAUGUGUCGGAACACGCAACCAAGAAGGACCUCUACAUGGUCGUCCACGACAAGGUCUACAACUGCUCCAGCUUCGUCGAUGAGCACCCUGGUGGCGAGGAGGUCCUCCUCGACGUUGGCGGACAGGACGCAACAGAGGCAUUCGAGGAUGUCGGUCACAGUGACGAGGCUCGCGAGAUCCUAGAGGGUCUGCUCGUUGGCAACUUGAAGCGACAGGACGGCGACCCCAAGCCCAAGUCCUACGGCUCCACCAACACCAGCACAGCAACCUCCACCGACGGCGCAACCGCAGGCGUCGGCCUCUACGCCGUCGUUCUCAUCGGCGGUGCCCUCGCAUUCGCAGCAUACCAGUACCUCCAGUCCCAGCAGCAAUCUACCCAGUGAGUGUUGCUACAUCAAGCAGCAGCAGCAUCACCUCCUCGUCGAUAGCUUCUUCCGCGGCGUUCGCCUCUGGCCGAGUGCGAUGCCCUUUUUUUAACGAAACACCCUUCUUCUAAUUAAUCUUCUUCUUCAUUUGCGAAGAGCGCCUUUCACAAUCCGAAGCGCUUGGUUUCACCUCACGAUUGGAGUUGAUAGAGUGUGUGCGUGUGUGCUUACGAGUUGAGACG